ACUUUGCAUCAGAGCGCGUUAACAGGGGUUAUCGAUACCUUAUUACAUAAAGCCUUCAAUUGUUACAUACCUAGGUAGGUAUAUCUAAGUACCUAACCUUACAUAAGAAAAUCCCCUUGAAAUCCCCAUUGAUAGGAUAGGAGAAUUGAUUAACCUAGAUCUUUAAGCUUGAUGAUCUUUAAGCUUGAUGAUCUUUAAGCUUGAUCUAGUGUACAAUGCUAAUUUACUACUAUCAAUACUAUUAUCACUCUAAAAAGAACGAGGUAUAAUACAUAACUAUUCAAACCCGAAUGCCUCAUCUUAGAUAAGAACAUACCAAUUCAACAGCAUGGCGAGGACAACUAGGUCAAAGACGAGCGCAUCAGCUGCCGCAACAUCAGAUACCAAGUCGACGGCCUCAAACACCAAAUCAAAAUACACAUUGCCUACAGAAUCUAUAAAUCCACCCAAGCUCUUCAUUCUUCCUACCAGUGCUACCAAAGACGCGAAAAUCGUCUCCCUAUUAAACCCAAGAUAUUCAAAACCGACGAGGUAUCUAGUAUGCCCCGAGACUGGCAUAUACGAAUUCACUAGGAUCGCUGCGCCCAAGUCAACGCCCAGAAGCUGGUUCAUAGAAUGCGGUGAUACGGGCAAAGUGGAAGAGAAGACAAGCAAAGAUGACGCUGACCUUGGCGCUUAUAUCACUAAAGGCGCUGACCUGUACGUCGCGACCCUCAUCGAUCCUAUGUUCCUUCUCCUGCCUGCAUUUGCAGACCAAUCAGUAAAUACCAAAGAUGGGAAACGGAUGUUUGUGUCUAGCGACGACCACCUCGACUCCAUACGCGGCAAGUCUCCACAUCUAUCCGAGAUAUUGCGAUGGGGGAAUGUACGGGCAUUACUAGAGUCCCGGAUGGCCGCAAUAUGCGAUACGGUAGAUGCAGGCAACGAGUCCAUGUUCCGUUUCAGCGAAGACAAGCUCUUAACCGAAGUCCUGAGCAAGGCGCAGAAGAUGAGCGAGCAACCCUUACCGAAAAGUAUGGAGGAAAGGUUUGUGGCUAAAGCUCUAGAAGCGCCGGUUGUGGGUAUGAAAAGAGAGAACACGACGACACUGUCUAUCUCACAGCAGACGGAAACACGAACACAGGCGCAAGCAGAGACCCCGGCGUCAACCUCAACAGCAUCGACUCCCAAACCCGAGUCUGUCGAAAGUCAAUCUUCUACCUCGUCUACAGAAACAACUACAACCCUCGUAUCGGAAGCAUCUACAACUGCUACCUCAGUCGUCGAAGAGUCGAUAACCACUACGACUGCCACAGAACCAACACCCUCACACGGCGCCUCUCCAGAAAUCAUAAAACUACAACGCUUCCGCACGGCCUUCAACUUCAUCUGCUCAUGCUACAUUGCCCCGUCACAAGCCACACAAUUACAGGAGAAGCUCAAGGAGCAGAAACCCCCAGCAGUCGACUUCACGCCUCUAGACACAUAUCUAGAGGAUAUUAGCAAGCUACGACAGGAGCUGGCUGCGGCGCGCAGCGUGGGUGACUACUCACGAAAACGCGUGUUAGACGACGAUGAGCUAGCAGAUCGCGCCGAGAAGAAGCGCCGGAAAGAAGAGGACGAGAAGCGGAAGAAGGCCGGCGAGAGCAGGGGCGUGAGAGAUCUAAAGAAGGUGAAUACGGUGGGGAUGAAGAAGAUGAGUGAUUUCUUCAAGAAAAAGUAGGCUUGGAAUAAAAAAUAAGAAUAAGUACCGGCGUUUAGAAGCGGUAUAUGUCAUCAAAUGUGUAUAGUAUUUGGGCUUGGGCUUGGGCUAGGUUUAGUCUUUGGACAUGUGUGCCCGUUCAUCAUUCGUGUAUAUCUGAGACAGCGGCAUAAUCAUCAAAUCAAGCCUUUCAAAGCUUUGUCAU